GCUUCUGAAGAAUGCCUAAAUAUGUUGAGAAAAUCUUCAUGUCUUCGAUUUUGCAAGACGAUUAAACAACUUAAUGCUGCAUUUAGUCCUAUCGAAUCACAUCUUUUUACUGUGGAUGCGAUGCUCUCUUCUAGAGCGUAUUAUUUAAAAACUGCAAAUGCGGUUGCCAGGCAUGCUUAUGAACUGAAUCAACUUGCAGAACAGAUAUCAAAUGUUUGCUUGAUGCUUGGCGAAUAUCCCCAAGUUCGUUAUAAAUUGACAGAAGCUAAUCAACUGAUUGCCCAACUCAUCAAGGACAAAUUAGAUUUACUCAAGCGCGAUAACCCGAAUAUAGGCCAGGGACCCCACAAAGAUAGAAGCAUCAUACUCCUUCUCGAUCGCGGUUUCGACCCAAUAUCACCCCUUCUUCACGAGCUAACCUUCCAAGCGAUGGCCUUUGACCUGUUUGAAGUAGAUGAAUACACUUAUACGUAA